AUGAUCUCACCAUUGCCUUCUCAUGUUCAAAUUCUGGUUGUCGGCGGCGGACCUGCAGGGAGCUACUGUGCCUCCAUCUUGGCCAGAGAAGGUUUCUCGGUCGUCAUCUUGGAGGCCGCGACAUUCCCUCGUUACCAUAUCGGAGAAAGCAUGCUUCCGUCGAUCCGUCCAUUCCUGAAAUUCUCCGGUGCGGACGACAAGGUCGCUUCUCAUGGCUUUUGUCCCAAGCCUGGUGCGGCGGUAAAGUUUCAGCAGCACAAACGUGAAGGAUACACCGACUUCUCUUCCCUUAGUGGCAGCAACAAUGGAUAUAAUGCCGCAGCUUGGAACGUGCGCUCGGAAUUCGACGAGAUCUUACUGCGUCAUGCUGAAGAGCUCGGGGCCAAAGUGUUCGAAAAUCAUAGAGUCGCCAGGCUGAUAUUUGCGGACAACAACACCGGCAAAGGCAGACCAAUUAGGGCUGAAUUUAAAUGUCCUGAUGGGGAGCUUCGUUCAAUCUCCUUUGACUAUCUCGUCGAUGCUUCCGGCCGAGCGGGGAUCAUGUCAACCAAGUACUUGAAAAAUCGCAAAAUGAACAAUACCCUUAGAAACGUCGCGUCCUGGGGCUAUUGGACCGGGGCAAAGCGAUACAUGCCAGGGAGCCAACGCGACAACGCUCCAUUUUUUGAGGCAUUGACAGAUGGUAGCGGCUGGGCGUGGUUCAUACCCCUACACGAUGGCACGGUUUCAGUAGGGAUUGUCACUGAUCAGGCAUCGGGCAUUGCUAGAAAGGCUCUAUCCGCGAGCAACGGCGUGCAUUAUUCCACAAAGGACGACUAUCUCGCACAGCUCAGACUAGCGCCUACAGCGGUCCUUCAAGGGGAGGGCAGCCGUACACGCAUUCAUAGCGCCAGCGAUUAUAGCUAUGCGGCCGACAGAUACUCUGGCGAUCAUUUCAGACUCAUCGGUGACGCAUCUGCCUUCAUCGAUCCAUUCUUCUCAAGCGGAGUUCAUUUGGCGCUUUUGGGUGCGCUAACUGCCGCCGCCUCGAUAUCGGCCUCGAUUCGGAAAACCUGUUCGGAGUUGCAGGCGGCGCAGUUUCAUGACAAGAAAGUUGCUAUUGCGUAUACUCGCUUUUUACUUGUUGUGAUGGGUGUCUAUAAACAGAUUCGCAAUCAAGAUUUGCAUAUUCUGGCCGAGGUCGACGAGGACAACUUUGAUAGAGCUUUUGAUAUCCUCAGACCGGUGAUUCAAGGCACAGCCGAUGUUGGCAAAACUAUAUCCGAAGUCGAGUUACAGAAGACCAUGGACUUUUGCAAAGAUAUCUUCGCCCCUACGGACCCGCAAAUGCAUGAAGCUGUAGGAGCACGACUUGGACCAGAGUUGUGCUCACCGUCAGCACCAAUCAUGACUGACCAUGAGAUUGAAGCUUUGGCUCAGGAUGACAAUGAGGCCAAAUUGGUGUUGAAGGAGAUCAAUGCACGAAAGGCAGUUCACACCAUGUACGACGGACCUAUUCACGUCGCAGCAGAGAGCGUCGAUGGUUUGGUUCUGAAUCUCCAAGUUGGCAACUUUGGUCUGAAAAACGUACAGUAA